AUGUCCUACCUUCAGCCAUUGGAUGGUAGUAUCAUUCGGGCUUUUAAGACUUAUUUCAAGCAUAAACAGUAUGCAAGGACAUAUCCGUAUAUUGGCAUGAUUCAAAAUGCCCAACAAGAUAAGAUUGGGGCCAUUGAUAAAAUCUUUGAAAUUGAUCAAUUAGAGACUUGGGAAUCUGUCUCAGCAAAGACUAUUGAGAACUGCUGGAUUGCAAUAAUCUUUUGCUUCAUUGAAGACAAAGAUAGUGAAGAUGUAAACCAGGCUAUGAUUCAGCAAAGUCUGACUGAAAAGGUUCUGGUUAAGGGUUUGAAAGAAACCCUAGACAAGAUUGCCGGAUCAGGUCUUCUGUCUCUUGAAGAUUGUCCGACCAGCAAAUCAGAUCCACUCUAUGAGAGACAAUGCACUCAUAGAGUGAUCAAUGAGAAUGAGAUCGCUGACAUUGUCAUGGAAGAGCAUGACACAGACAACAACGCAGCCAACAACAACAGCAAUAAAGAAAUUGCUGAAGUGGAAUCAGCAGUUCCUUUCAAGAGAACUUAUUCUGCUUUGGAAAAGUUUGAGUGUAUUUGCACGCUUUUGGAUAUCUUGGAAGACGAGAAUAUUGACAGAGACUUUGUCAGUAAGGUUGAAGGCCUUAGAAACAAGUUCCAGAAAACCGCGAACUCAAAGCAAACCAAAGUAACCAGCUUCUUUAAAUCUUUUUAA